AUGAUCACAUUUAAGGAUACCCAACUCGCUUUGAUACACAUCCCACUGCACCUGUAUCGCAACUUCCUCCAGUCAAUUCUUCAACUAGUACUGCCCAAUGCAACGCGCAAGGCUUUCGGGAACGGUUCUGGUGCCGUGCAGCCGCCUAGAGGUUGGCCUUGCGAACAUCCCUUUGUGAACAUCUCCAUCACACCAGUUGAGUGCUCCAUAGUAUGCUCGAGGACACUUGCGAGUGAAUUGUUUGUGCCUGUUCUCAAUCUGUUGGAUGCAGAGUCAAGAGAGUCUGUUAGUAUCACCACAGAUGACUUCAUCGUAAUGCAAGUCGAUGGUGAAGGACUUGAUGCAGGUCAACGCGUCUUGGAGCUUACCAGUCCUCUCGCUCUGGCUGGAAUUCCCAUCUUCUUUAUCACCACUUACUUCUCCGACUACAUUCUGGUUCCACUGCGACACCGUUCACAGGUUGUGCAGGCGCUUGAGGAACGUGGCUUCCAAUUCGAAAAAGACACUUCCUCAUAUGUUAAUUCCUUCCAACAUGGCCGUAAACACUCAGCCGCAUCACUGGAAGUUCAGCCGCCCAGCACCCCACCGCCAACCACCAUUUCAGAGCUCCAAACCAGGACCUUCGCAACACUCAAACGUCGACAUAUUGUUCCUACUGUGGACUCUAGUAUCCGACUCGUUCAGUGUGCCGGGCGACGGGAUAGUGCAAAUGGCAUCAACCAAGCUCGAAAUCGCAAUAGCAUGACCACUGCCGCCGACGACGCACUCCAUCUCGGUCUCGUAAAAUGCCUCAUCACCCAACCAUAUCCGAAAUUUUUAUCCCUCACGCUAACUGACACCGAAUCUGCGGCAUUGCUAUUUGAUCAUACCUUACUGCCGCAUUUCGCGCAAGAUACUCUCCUCGGCUCGAGAGAUGAGUUUUUGACACCCAUCACAUUGGAUCUACGGGACUUGCCAAUGGAAAGCACGGGUAUUGUGUGUGGUGUGGCCGGCAGAUUGGUCGGCGAAACGACAGGACAGCUGGAGGAUCCGGUUGAGAUGAGUUAUCUGAGUACCGCGCGUGCCGGAACGGUCAUGGUAGCGGAGGAGGAGCUGGAUCGUGCACUUGACGCUCUGCGUGGUGCUGAAAAUGGAGUCUCGACAUCAAACGAGUAG